UGCUUUAAAAUCGUCGAAGAAGAAAUUUUUUUUCUCUCUCUCUCUCUCUCUCUUUCAUGAAAAAAAAGCGGAUUACUUUAUUGUCCUCUCUGAUGCACACGAACCUGAGUAUAUGUGGACAGCACGUGACGCGAGCCGGUCAUUCGCGAUUGGUCAAUAUCCUCCGGUUCCCCGCUUUCGAUGCGACCGCUACGGGAUGGUCCCCUUCUCCGCUUCCCCCGAUGUAUCCUUUCAUCGCGCUGUGAACGCGAUGAAGAAUCAGAGCCACUUGUAGUCGCGAUCGUUUCGCUCCAGCUCAGUCGUGAUCCGCCUACCGAGCGGGCAGCAGCUUUAAGCGCGCGUCGCGUUCUCUUGACUCCCCCUCUUUUCUCGAGUCGCGCACCACAAAGUGUCCCUCGAUCUAUGUGUGUGUUUCUCUCUCUCUUUCGUUUCGUCUUCGGGCUCGCGUAAUCGCGCUUCCAGCGCGCGAAGCUAAAUUUAGCGCUGACCGUUGCUUUUGCCGUGCCGAGGCGCGACGUGUAUGAAACGCGUCUCUCUUCUUCGCCUCCGCCGUCGUUUCCUGUGCCGCACGCGCGCGCCGAGGUCGCGAAACGCGGAGAAAAUGCCACCGGAUAGCAGCAGCAGCAGCAGCAGCAGCCGUCGCCGCAACAUGGCCCACCUGUGAAGCUACGUUGCAGGCCAAUCACGCAAGUUGAUUCCUCGGAGGAGCAAAAAGAAACUUGCCGGCAAGAGAAACUUUUCGGAGAGACCGGGACGAACGGGGAAUUCUUCAACCGGGAGUUGAGCGUCACUGAAAAAGUGUCACAUAUCGGAUCUCGGAUGGAGUGCGUUGUGUGUGCGCAAGAGGAUUAAAACUUGAACUUGCGCGACUUAUUUGCCGCGAUAAUACGUCGUCGUCGUCGUCGUCGUUGACACACGUGUCUCUCUCGUGCGAAAUCCCGUCGUCACGACGCAAUAUAUAUAUCGCUCGUGUUUUUCCGCAGAGAGAAAGAAAACGCGCGUUGUAGCGCGCGUUUUAUGUGUUCGAUCUGUCACACACGCGCAAACAUUACGACACAUCGACAAGUGCAAAUGUGCGAUAAUACUCGUGUUUUACGCACAUCAGCGGCGGAUCACACCGAAAAGAUGUUUGAUCUCGGGCAAUAAAAAAGCGAAUAGAGUAUGCGUGACGUUCGUGCAAUCAACCGGAUGAAAAACGAUCUUCCUCGCGUCUCCGGUUCGCGAGGUUUCGAAUUUUGAGUGACAGCGAAUAUUUUCUUUCUUUUUUUUUGUUGGUUUUUUUACACUCGCGGCUUCGAAAAGCGAGGACGCAACAAUUCGCGCAUACACACACACACACGUGCGCGCGUUCUCAAUCGGCAAAACGAAGCUUCGACGGUGAGGGUCGCGCAAAGCCGAGCGAGCGAUAAGUGGCCGCUCGUGUGCGCGUAAUAAACUCUAAAAAUAGCCGCGCUAUCGCAAGCGAGUAUCGAGGCGAUAAAUAUCGCCGCGACAACACGCGCUUUUGUUGCGUUGCGAAUUCCACAGUUUUCUUCUGUUCGAUCGCCGCGAGAUAGCGCGUGAAAUAACGCGAGGCUAGUAGAAGAACACGCAAGGGGUGCCGAUUUUUUCAAAUCCUCGUAAUCGGACGCAGCGAGACGAACGCUGCAAGAAGAAAACUCACAUCAAUUUCGUGCGAGACGCAUCUUCACACGUCGCUGGAUAAUUUUUCGAAAAUUAGACAGUCGGUGGAAAAAAAAGACGGAGUCGGUGAAACGAGCACACGAUUCAUGUAAUCGCGCGAUACCGAGAAACCGUGGAGCGGCAAACGGAGCGUAAGAAAAAAAAAAACUCGGGCUUCCAUUAAUGCGCCACGAGUCUUCGUUUUUUUUUUUUUUUUUUCGUUAUCUUGAUCAUUCUCGAGGAAAGGUCGACGUUGUACGUCGAAAGAGAGAGAUUAAAAUAGUACACGUGUGACAAAAACAAUCAAUUAACGUUUCUUCGUGCGGCACAGAAAUAUGCAGCGCGAUGAUAUCCGUUUUGCAUUCAGGUUCGAUCUUUCGAGUUAUCGAAAAAUUAUACGUAACGUGAUUAAUGCGAUUGAUUAAAUAUAUAUAUAUAUAUAUCGAUCAAAAUAAUCUUCAACGGAGACAACAGUUGAGUGACAGGAAGUGAAAUAUCGUGCUUUUGUGUGUAUCGAACAAAGAUAAGAAAAAAGUCGUUGACGUCACAAGUGGCCUGCAAGUAACUUGUCAGUAUCGAAAUCGAUAAAAACAAAACAGUGAAAAAAAAAAAAAAAACUUGGCAGUUUUAUCGGUUGUUACAUUUUUGAUCGGCAUCGAUUGUGGUGGUGCACGCUCGAUUUCGCGAAUCGCAAUUGCACAAAUUUUCUCACGUAAAGUCGACACACAACGUCGUGCAUGCCGUCGAAAACUCGCUGCAAAACUCCCCGAUCGAUAUCGUCGAUAACGAUAUAAAAGAGAGGGGGUGGACGCAGUCCGAUCGCGCGGAGAGAGAGUUGUUCGAGUUUCGACCGGGAAACAUCGAGAAACACCCCGCGAAACGAAUUAUGAAGGUUUACGUGGAGCGCGCGGACGCGUUCGAUCGAUACACGCGCGCGGAAAGUUCAGGCAUGAAGAUCGCUCGCGAGCAUUACGAUCGCGCGACAACGAUCGUCCGCCGCCACCAUUACUACCUGCAUCACGGUGGCGGCGGUCACCACGACAGACAUCGUGGAAUGUUACCGGACGUGUGCCGUUGUUCCAUGUGCGUUCCAGAAAUGGCCAGGGACACGCCGGGCUCGCCGAUGCCGCGACCACGGGAUCUGGGCGCCGGAGGCGGCACGGCCACAGCCACCCUGACUUCCGGCGCUUAUCACGCCGCAGCCACCGAUCCCGCUCUGCACGAUCACGCGCUGCAGCAGAGGAUACUCGAGCUACAGCAGCAGCAUCAACUUCAACAGCAGAUCCUGCGCCAGCAGUAUCAGGCUCAGGAACGUCAACUGGCCGAGAUGCACGAGCAACAGUUGACUCGACUAAGGCUCUGGGAACAACAGAAGCAACUUGCUGACGAGAAACGGGAGAAGGAGAGACUCGAGGCUCUCAGGAAGAAGGACAAACACGAUCACAGCGCGAACGCGUCCACGGAAGUCAAGCAACGUCUUCAGAGCUUCCUGGUGAACAGGCAGAGAGAAGCAGCUGCCGCGGCGAACGGAGCGGUACCUGGUACACCCGGAUAUAGAAGCUGGCUACAGUCGCAGACAGAAUCGUCGAACACUACGAACGCGGCGCACCCCUACCGAAUGCCGCAGUUGCUGCAGGAAAAGUUUGGUGACGACUUUCCGCUCAGAAAAACAGCCUCGGAGCCGAACCUGAAGGUGAAACUAAAACAGCGCGUGGAGAGGAACAUGGCGUCGAGAAACUCACCCCUGGCACGUCGGAAGGAUCGCCUGCUGUCGCACCUCAAGCGGAAGUCGUUACUAGCAAACUCUGGCAGCAAUCCCGAAUCCGGGCCUAAUUCUCCCCCGACUGUGAACAAUUCGCAAGCCAGUCCCACCGCCGGAAGCAACACGGCGAUACAGGAAGAAGGUGAGAAUCCUACGUACGGAGGACGUCUCACCAGUAGUAGUCAACAGGGCAGUCUUUCGGAUCUUUCGCUCUUCAGUUCACCGUCCAUGCCCAACAUCUCGUUGGGCAGACCUCACGUACCGUCAAGCUCAAGCGGAACGAAAUUAGCGCCGGUUUCCGAGGCGGAAGUUCGCGCCGCGUUUACAGCGCGUCUCGGCAUGCCGCUCACUGGUCAGAUGCUGCACGGGACUUUGCCGUUCUAUCCAUCCCUGACGGUCAUCGAGGGCGAACCGACGUACAUCCACAAGCAGAUACAGCAGGACUUGCGGGAGCAGGCGCCGCCGCCCACAGCGGUAGGCGGCAACAGACAACAUCCGGCCGCUCCGGUGUACCACACCGCGUCCCCGAUUACAGAUACACAAGUAGCGCACGCGAGACUGCAUAAGGCUGGUCACCGGCCUUUAGGUAGUAGAACCCAAUCCGCGCCACUGCCGCUAGGUCACCCGAUGCUGCAAGGCGGCAUAAUUGCGCCCACUCAUUAUGAGGAAUAUCUCGCGGAGAAACAGCUGCACGAUCAGCAACAGGUGCAUAACUAUCUGAAACAGCAAAUUCGUCAGACGGUGCUGACGCGAGUGGGUUCGCGCGGCCAAACCAAUCAACUGGACGAGGCACCGGAGACCGAGGAAUCCGAAGUGAUAGAUCUCACGGGCAAGAAGGAUCAUUCGGAGGAGAGCGAUCUCACGAAGCAGCAAAGGGAUCGGGAACAGUUCCUGCAGCAGCAGAGGGAUCUCAUGAUGAGACACACGUUGCAGACGAACGAGUCGUCCAUCUACGCUGGAAGUAGAACUUCUCAGUCUGCCAGACCGCUCUCGAGAGCGCUGUCGAGUCCGCUAGUACACUUAGGUCCACAGGGCAGUAGUGGCGAAAUGUUUGCACGAGGGUCUCCCCACCGACCUACUACUGGAGUAGCCUACGAUCCGCUGAUGUUGAAGCACGCGUGUGUCUGUGGUGAUUCGGUCAGGAGUCAUCCCGAGCACGGUGGUCGAUUGCAGAGUGUGUGGGCCAGGUUAUCCGAGACGGGUCUGUUGCAGCGUUGUGACCGAGUGCGCUCGCGCAAGGCCACGCUCGAAGAGAUCCAAACGUGUCACAGCGAGGAGCAUACGCUUCUAUUUGGAACGAAUCCGUUGAAUCGACAGAAACUGGAUAUGUCGCAGUUGUCUGAAAGACUCAAGAAAGACAACAUCUUUUUCCGCCUUCCCUGCGGUGGAGUUGGCGUUGAUAACGACACGACAUGGAAUGAACUGAACACCGCGCCCGCCGCACGAAUGGCGGCGGGAUGCGUCAUCGAUCUUGCGAUCAAGACGGCAACGGGCGAUAUUAAGAACGGCUUCGCCGUGGUGAGACCGCCCGGACAUCACGCUGAACCAAACAGGGCCAUGGGCUUCUGCUUCUUCAACUCCGUGGCAAUUGCGGCAAGGCUACUUCAACAAAGAUUUGACGUUAGAAAAAUUUUAAUUUUAGAUUGGGAUGUUCAUCAUGGAAAUGGCACUCAGCAAAUGUUUUACGACGAUCCGCGGGUGUUGUAUCUGUCGAUACACAGACACGAGGAUGGUAAUUUCUUUCCCGGGACAGGCGGGCCGAUGGAGUGCGGCGAAGGCGAGGGUGCUGGUUAUAACGUGAAUGUAGCGUGGUCCGGCGGUCUGAACCCACCUAUGGGCGACGCGGAGUAUCUCGCGGCUUUCCGUACGAUAGUCAUGCCAAUUGCUAAGGAGUUCGAUCCGGAUAUCGUGAUCGUUUCCGCUGGUUUCGACGCUGCGGUAGGUCAUUCGGCACCGCUGGGUGGCUACAACGUCAAUCCGGCCUGCUUCGGCAGAAUGACACAGCAGUUACUUAAUCUGGCCGACGGAAAAGUUGUUCUCGCUUUGGAGGGAGGUUACGAUUUACCGGCAAUCUGCGACUCGGCGCAAGAGUGCGUUCGCGCGUUGCUAGGUGACGAGCCCAGCCCGAUUCCAGAUGAGGAACUGACGAGGAUUCCAUGCCAAAACGCCAUCGACACGUUACAGAAGACUAUAGCUAUUCAGAUGUUAUAUUGGCCCUGCGUUAAACUCGCUGCUCAUACGGUCGCGAUGAGCGCGAUAGAAGCGAGUCAAAAAGAACACGACGAGACGGAAACAGUGUCCGCAAUGGCCUCUCUGUCUAUGCAGCAGCCUACAAACCUCACAACCACACCAGAACAUUCCCGAGAGGUUUCCGAGGAGCCGAUGGAACAGGAUGAGACCAAAUGAGACGCGUAAAAGAUUAUUCUACUAAAUGUAGAAGUUGCAAUUAAUUGUACGAAACUGGGUAAAUGCUCUUUUGCGGAAUCUCUACCAAGUGCAUUUCUCAGUACGAAUCGAAUAGGGAGUUGUCACGUAUGGGUCUGCUGUGACUGAUGCACAGUUGGCUGUGAUUAUUCCGCAAAAAAAAGCGGUUGACGAUUAUACGUGCGCAAAUUCACACACUCCCGAUUGUUAAAAAAGAAUUAACAGAACACAAGAACAAAAAUAUAGGUACCGUAUAAUAUGGAAGAAAUGAUCUGUAAAAAAUUUUGAGAGCCAAUGAUGAUUGCCGAUGAUACAUCGCGUAUCCCCUUUCACGUCUGAGGAAAGAAAAUUACGAAGUUGUUUGUGAAAUCUUGCAAAUGUUUUUAUUGUCCUUUGCGCAUGCGAUGCGCGAGAUUGUUGUAUAGUUAGCUGACAAUGACAAAUUGAAAUUUUGUCAUUCUAGAGAUUUUUCUUUCUUUUUUCUUUUUGUAUUGUGGAAAGAUUUGUAAUCUUUAUAAAACGAAUCACCUGUUGACAUUGUUGAGAUAAAUUCGAGCGCGCUAAAAAAAAAAAAAAAACAAACAAAAAAAAACAGCUUUCGCCCACCAAUUGAAUAUCGCUUAACGACAAAUUCUCGAUCCUAGUGUCUUAUUAACGAACAACGAAUGGUUUUGAAGAUGACGUCGAGUAUAAAAUAAAAAAUAAAAUAAAAAAAAAAAAAUAAAAAAGAAAAAUAACUCGGCUGGAAUAGUAACAAUUUGUAAUGUUAUCUUUGAUCGUGGACACAGUCCUGCUUGAUCGUGUGGGAAAAAUAGAAAUUGUAAAUUAAGCGCAUCACUCGGUGGGAGAAAAUCAAUUUGUGAACGUUACGCGUUCUCUUCGAAAAUGAACGUCCGGUGAGUGUUUUGUUGACGAUAUAUAAUAUUUUUGUUAUCGAUGUAAGCAUGAGGUGCAAAUUUUCUCGCAGCUUGUAUGAAACAAGUCUAACUGUAUAUCGUGUUGCCUUGGAUAAUUCACAGGAAGAAUUAAUUAUUCGCGUGAUAUAUAAUUCUAUGCCGCCGUAUAUACAUAUAUAUAUAUACAUAUAUAUAUAUUUUUGAAUGCUAAUCGCGACUUUGAACAUCUACUUAGAACCGCGUUUCAACGAGCCGUAUUUUAUCGAAAAUAUUCAGGGAAACAAGUACAGGGAAUUUGAGAAAAAAAAAAAGAAUGUUGUGCGUUAAACAACACACAACAAAUAUUGUAUCUCGUGACGUAGAGAUUCUGUUAUAAUAUGUCGCGUCCAUAUUGCUGACAGUAUGGGGAGAUAGAGGAUGACAUACUAACAAAUAUUAAUAAUAAAAAACACAAUAUUGUAGGAAAAAUUAAUUUUCGAUACAAACGGAAUUCCGCAGCAGUUGCAGGAGCAUCGGCGCCAAGUUCCCUUCCAUUUGCAUGCGAGUGCAAUUUUCUAGAUUAUAAUAUUUAUCAGAAACCGUCAAACGGAAAGAUUAAUAAACAAUGAGAUAAAGAGGUGUAAUUAUCCUUGUAUCGGAGGUAAUUGCCGUUACCUUAUCUUCGCAAAAUAAAAGCCACACAAUACAUAACAAUGCUGAUAAUAUAACUGUUGCUCGAUUUAUAUAUAUAUAUUUAAAAAAAAGUGUACUAAAUAUUUUAUACAGAAACUUUCGUCUUAUUAUCUGGCAGUCCGAAAAAAAGGUUUCUUCUUGAGAAUAUCAAAUUGUUGUAUAAAAACCGACGAAAACAGUCGCGCGUUGACAAAAACCGGAACAAUUUGUUGAAAGCUUUCUAAAACUAAAAAGCGCAACUGUGCAAAAUAUUAUUCAUGACCUGGUAUUGACGAGAAAUGUGUAGAUUUUUCAGUGGAAAAAAAAAAAAAAAAAAAAAAAAAAAAUUAUCGG